AUGGGUGCCUCCGAUACCUACUGUUGUUUCUGUUCAGGUCCAUUAGAAGAUGCACGAGCAGGAUGGUUGUAUAUGCUUACAGAGUAUAUGGAAGACGACGACUCCUGCCAGUGGCCUCCGAAAGAUGGACAAUGGAUUAAUCAUCCAGGUUACCCAGUUCCGACCAAGCCUCUCGAAGAAAUCGUGACGAUAUCGGAUGAGGAUGGUAAAGCUUGGGAUGAUUUUGUUUGUGUGACGCCAGUAUGGCCUGAAACAUAUGUUUCUCCUUCUUGCUCUGUCGAUAGCUACAGCAACGUUGAAAUCAAAGGCAGAGAAGACUGGAAUACAGACGACCAACCCUAUCUUCACAUUCACCGAAUGUGCCUCUCCUUUCUCUGCCGACGCAACGCUAUCACCCCCCGUGAGCUAUGGGAUUCAUUCUACGGUCCUGAUUCGGAUUACCAUAAGUACGAUGAGAGUUUAAACUUUAAAGGUCUCCUCUAUUGCGUGGAGUAUUACGAUAUGGAAGGCAGGGGUGGACAGUCCUUUGGUUUCGCUCCCGAACGUUACGAGCCACCUCCAGGUCGUCCAGACCUAACUUCGACAUGGUGGGAUCCAGAGGGUAUGGAGGACACCAAGUGGAUCUUGAGUAGACCUACUGUUCUCCCCGCACCGCAACCCCUCGAGCUGAGCGUAGUCAAGCCAUCUGCUGUAACUAAGCGGAAAGUAUUCGAAGUCAGUGAACUGUUUGACUUGAUUUUGAACGCUAUCGUCGACAUACCGGAGGAGGUGAUCGAGAGUGAACUCAAAGGCGAGAAGCAGAGUGGGGAAGAAGGAGAGGAGACCGGGGAAGAAAGAGAAGGGGACAAGGAAUCAGGAGAGGAAACCGAGGAAGCAGGAGAAGAUAACGGGGAAGAAGGAGAAGAUAACGGGGAAGAAGGAGAAGAUAACGGGGAAGAAGGAGAAGAUAACGGGGAAGAAGGAGAAGAUAACGGGGAAGAAGGAGAAGAUAACGGGGAAGAAGGAGAAGAUAACGGGGAAGAAGGAGAAGAUAACGGGGAAGAAGGAGAAGAUAACGGGGAAGAAGGAGAAGAUAACGGGGAAGAAGGAGAAGAUAACGGGGAAGAAGGAGAAGAUAACGGGGAAGAAGGAGAAGAUAACGGGGAAGAAGAAGAAGAUAACGGGGAAGAAGGAGAGGAAAACGAAGAAGAAGGAGAGGAAACCGAGGAAGCAGGAGAGGAGAACGGGGAAGAAGGAGAGGAGAACGAAGGAGGAGGAGAGGAAAACGACGAGGACGGAGACGAAGACCUUAUCGAAGCCCCCUCGGCGGUAACAGCUGCUCAAACACUCCUUUCACUAUCCCAAGUCGACCGUUGGUUCUACCACGCCCUCAUUCGAGACCGACAAAGUGUAUUUCUCCAAGCCAUACGCAACUUCGGUUGGAUGCUACCUUGUACUCCAGCAGACUGGACUGACAGUAAAUGGCCAAUGGAUCUGACCACUCAAACACACUUGUCACAACAGACACAUCUCGAUUGGCGUGGCUACAUGAUUACUUGUUUGCGAAGGGACGAUCCCCACGUUCUUAAUCGGUGGAGGUUCAAUAUGAUGGCGGUUCAGUUUGCAAGAGGGACGGAUAGAUAUAGUAAUGAGAACUACCCGGAUUGGUUUUGGAAUGCGGGUAAACUUGGGGCGAAAAGUUCACUGGAGAAGCCGGAGCCGGAAGUUUGGGAGCUUUCACCCGCGAAGACUUCAGGACGGUAA